AUGGAUAGCGCUAGAAAAAAUGCAUCAAAAAGAGCUGCUUUAGUGUAAAAAUUAGAUAUGCUUGAUAAGUCAAUUCUACAUAAUACUUAUCAUCAAGAACUUUAAAAGACAUUUUAAAAAAAAAGCAUUGAAAAAGAAUAAAAAGGAAUAUUAAUAGAAUAAGUUUAAGAGUUGGAUGAAUUAAGUAUAAUAUAGAGACGAGUGAAUCAAUUAGUUAAUUUAAAUCGAUAACUUGAUGAUUAAAUUCAAAAGAAUGAUUUAUUGCAAUAAUAAAAAAUAAUGGAGGACAUGAAUUCUGUUUUAAGUAGCUAGCUUGAUCACUUUAUUAAUCAAUAAGCAGAUAGAAAUUAAAUAUUAAAUAGAUUAUAAAGUGAUUUUAAUGCAAAUCAUUAGAAUAUGUAAAUAUUGGAGGGAGAAUAUUUAAUUGCAGAAUUCAAAAAAAUUAAUUAGAUGGAUUAAUCAAUUUAUCAAUAAUAAUCAUAAGAAUAUGGAGAUUUCUUUGAAAUCUAAUAUUAAAUGUAGGAAGAAUUAAAAAUCAUUAAUGCAGAAUUAGAGAAAUAUCAAUAAUUGAAUUAGACUAACAAUUUAUAAAAUUAUAUGCUUUAAGGUUAAGCAAAAAACAAAUAAUUUAGUUUAUAAUUGAUAUAAGAGUAAUUUUAUUGUCAAAAGAAAAAAAUUAGAACAUUUUGUAUAUUUUAUAAUAAAACUAAUGAAUAUGAUUAAACAUAUUAACCAUAUUUUAAAAUAAAGAAUCAAAAGUAAAUUACAUUUGAAAAUAAUGAAUAAUUGAAUAAUGAAAACACUUCAAUUAAUUUAUGGUCAAGUUCAAAAUAAAAGGUUAAAAAACUUAAUCCUUAUCGUUGUCAAUUCUAUAAAUUUGAUUAAAUCUUUUAAAGAAAGGAAAAUUAAAGGCUUAAUCAAUAUGAAUAAUUAUUUAAUUAAUUAGAAUUGUUCAUUAAAGGAACACUUUAUAAAUAAAUUGAUUUAAUUCUUAAAAGUUAUGCAUUUAAUAGUUCAGAAUAUCAUUUAAUUUAUAAUCAAGAUUUAAAUGAAAAUGUAGAAAAAAUUAGAAAAUUAUGUGAUAAAGAAAAACCUGAUACAUGCAAUGUAAGAAUUUAUUUGUAUUUUAGAAAUUAAUUGUAUUACUAUGUGAUAAAAAUAGAGGAUUAAUAGAAAAUUUAGUAAAUGAUAUAGUUAAGAUUCUUUCUCAUUUUAAUAAUUAAUUGAUUGAAGUGAAUAAUUUAAUAUUAACACUUACAAAAUUUUAAAUAAAAGAUUAAUAGUGUGAAGAUAUUUUAGAAUGUAAUGCUUCAAAUAUAGAAAUGAUGCUUGAUUGUUUAAAGAGUAAGGAUAUAUUCAAAACAAGUUAAUUUCACUUAAAAAUUGAAAUCAAUUUAACUAAUCAUGUCAAAAGAGUCUUACAUAUUUUGAUGUUAGCUCCUCUUUUAAUAGAAAACAAUGAAUUAUUUUGCAAAUAAUUUAAAAAUAUUUUCAAAAGAGAAAAAGCAUUUAAAGAAUAAAUAGGUUCUAGAAUUGAAAGCAUUAUUAAAGUAGAAUUUAUUGUAAUUACUAGAACAUUGACAAAAUUAUCAUAAUAACAUAAAUACCUGAAAUGA